UAGUGAUAUCAUUAGUCCACAUUCAGGAGUCGUUUACCAGCGGAGCACACUUUAUUCAGGAAGCCGGCUGAUAAUUAAAGUUCACGCUAUUCGACGGCUUGGACAGACGUUGGCUAGUGGAGAGUCACCUGAAGCUGUUCUUCGGAGUUUUUCGCUCACUGGGAGGGAAUGGAGAAAGCCAAACAAGAUGCAUUUGACAACGCCAGACUCCAAGUGAUCAAAGAUGGCUACGAGAGGGCCUUUGAGUGCCUCAAUAAAGGACUCACAGCAGACGAAGCUGGAGACAAGACGCAGGCCGUGGAGCUCUACAAGCGAGGACGGCAGCACCUUCUCAGGGCCAUCAGCGUGCCUUCGCAGGGAGAGGAGUGCCUCGGCAGCUCGUGGGAAUCGGCCAGACAGAUGCAGCAGAAGAUGCAGGAGACGCUGAACAACAUCACCACCCGCCUCGCCAUACUGGAGACCAGCCCUGACGAGGGCUCCACACUGAGCUCCAGCAGUGUGUCCAGUGCUUCAGACGUGCCUGCACAAGGUCUCUACCCAAAGCUCCAAACCAAAGAGAAGCCAGAGAGGCCACCUCCAAUGAACCAGCUUUCUGCGAACGGUCAGCCGGCUGGAGCUGUAGGAGGCAGGCCUGCAGGAAGUGGUCUCUCACCUGCUGGACAGCCUCUGGUUCCAGGCGAGCAGCCUCCAGCUUACUCUCCUCAGGCGGCUGACGGCCAUCUGUCCAUCUCAUAUGGAACAGAUUCAGGGGAGAUGUCGUUGGUCGGGGAUGAGUUCUACAGUCGCACAUCUAACUCGACAACAUCUCUCCAGACUAUGGGUGAAGACGGAGAGGAGAUGCUGUACAUUCCUCACGGUGUGCAGAUAUUUUUUGUCACACCUGAGGGGCAGGUGAGCGCGCCGUCAUACCCGGGCUACCUGCGGCUGGUGAAGUUUACCGGUGAUCAGUCUGACAGAGCGCCCACUCGCCCACCAGCAUUUCUUCAGGUGUGCGACUGGCUGUAUCCUCUCAUGGCUAUGGACUCUCCAGUGCUGCUGUGUAACACUGGCGUGUUUAUGUUUCCGGACAUGAUGGCGCCAGCUCCAGGCUAUUAUGUGGGGGUGGUGCUGUCCUCGGAGCUUCCUGCUGCAGACAGAGAACUGUUUCAGGACCUUUUGUCACAGAUGACAGAUCUCAGGGUUCAGGCUCCAGAUGAAGCUGCAGACACCAUUAAUCUCAGUCAGAAGGUGUCUAUCGUUACACCUGAGGAGACGGCACCAGCAGAGACAGAGACAGAGGAAGAAAAACCUCUCCCCGAAUGGAGUGAAAAGGUGGCAAAUGGGAUCCUGACAGGUGCGUCCUGGUUAAGCUGGGGUCUGGUGAAAGGAGCCGAGUACACCGGCAAGGCCAUUCACAAAGGGGCAUCUAAACUCCGAGAACACAUCACUCCAGAGGACAAACCCGCCCAAGUCAGCCCCACAGUCACCAAAGGCCUCCAUGUCGCCAAACAGGCGACGGGAGGAGCCGUCAAAGUCAGCCAAUUUCUAGUGGAUGGGGUGUGUGCUGUUGCUGGCUGUGUGGGUCGAGAGCUGGCUCCACAUGUGAAAAAGCACGGAGGCAAGCUGAUCCCAGAGUCGAUGAAGAAAGACAAGGAUGGGCGUUCAAACAUAGAUGGAGCCAUGGUGGUAGCUGCUAGUGGAGUGCAAGGAUUUGCAACCAUGUGGACUGGUUUGGAAUCGGCAGCAAAGGACAUAACUACAAGUGUAGCAACAGAGACAGUUACCACCAUAAAACAUAAGUACGGGGCUGCAGCGGGACAAGCCACAGACAACGCCGUCAAUUCCGCCAUCAAUGUCGGUAUCACUGCCUUCAAUAUUGACAACCUGGGAAUCAAAGCUGUGGUGAAAAGGACUGGCAAGCAAACGGCGCAGGCCAUUUUGGAAGACUACAAGCUUCAGGAAAAACCAGAGACCGGGAAGGAGGUGCAGAAAUUGGAUAAAUAGCUGUUAGUGUCCUGAUCAUUCCCUCAGCAAUGCCUUAAAACAUAAUUUUUUAAAAUAAAUAAAUCUAUAUUUAAGAUUAAUUAUUUAUAAAACAUACUCUAUAUUUACAACUACUGUUCUAUACAUAUCUUAUAGUUUGAUAUAACUCGUAAGCACUUUAAUUCUUUUGUAAUUUAAGGUAGAUGGACCUUAAUGUUGAGCAACAGGAGAUUAUACAACCCAAACCAAAACAUUUAUUCAUAUAGCAUAUUGAUGCACAAUAUAAAAUUCAGGUAAUAUCACCUAACUUAGAAAGUAACGGUUUAACACUGCUGUUUGUAUUAAGAAAGCAUUAAUUUGGUCUCAAGUAGGAAUCUCUCAUAAUCUUCAUGAAACAUCUCUUUGUGUUUUCCCUGAUAUGGUAAGAAUAAGUAAUGUGCUUUAAAUGAAUGAUGAAAAAACAAUAUGUUUGCGUCACUACCUGUCAUGUAAUUCACACAUUUCAGACUAAAUAUUGUCAUCUAUGCUGUUUUUUGCCGUGGUGUUUUUAAUGUGAAGUAAUCACUACUGCUGACUGACUGUGCCUCCACAUAUCAAAUGAUAAUGCAGAAAUCUAAUAUUUUAUAAUCUACACGCUGUAAAACUUGUCCACAGUGUGUCAAGAUAUUUUCUUAGAUCUUCAAUACAUAUCAUUCCAAUAAUCCUAUGACUGACGGUACUGCCUCUCAACUCCAACUCUAAUGAGUGUAAAACUGUAACUGAUAAUAUUUGUGUCCAGCAGUGCUGUCUAAUAUUCUCCGGCUCACUUGUAGUCACAUAAUUUCAAAAUGUUGUGUAUAGCGUUUCGUAAAAUCUAGAUUUCUUCACUGUGAUGUGUGAAACAAAACAUGUUAACAAGAUGAGAAGUUUUGAAGUGUGAUGCUAACUUUGUUUAAACUUUGUUUUUUUGAGUGAUCUGGUUUGUCUCUUUUUGAAGUCUAGCUUUAUGCCCUCAGCAGGUCAUUGUAAUUUUCAGAUGGCUUAUAAACUACAUCUAGUUGCACACUGAGAUUUCUCUUCCUACUGAAAUACUGAUUUUGAAUAAAGAGAGACAAAAUUAAACAUUAA